CCCCAAUCCUCAUUUCCCACUCAAAUUCAAAUCUAAAUCUAAACCCUAAAUCUCCCAAUUUUCUGUAUCUCAAAUUUUCUCGCGAAAAUGUCAGGCCGUGGAAAGGGUGGUAAGGGACUAGGAAAGGGAGGUGCAAAGAGGCAUAGGAAGGUUCUCCGAGAUAACAUCCAAGGCAUAACAAAACCAGCUAUUCGCAGAUUGGCAAGAAGAGGUGGUGUUAAGAGAAUCAGUGGUUUGAUAUAUGAAGAAACCAGGGGAGUUCUCAAGAUCUUCUUGGAAAACGUGAUUCGCGAUGCUGUUACGUAUACUGAGCAUGCGAGGAGGAAGACUGUUACCGCCAUGGAUGUUGUGUAUGCUCUCAAGAGACAGGGAAGAACCUUGUACGGAUUCGGUGGUUAAAGAAGAAGCUUUCAUUUCUUAAUUUUAUUAGUUUUAGUGAAGUAAUUGGUGCGUGUGAUUGUAAUUCUGGUUGCUUUUGAUGAUGUUUACGUCAAUUGAGAAGUGGAAUGUUCAUGAAAUCUUAGCAUACUCAAUUCAUAUGGAUUGAAAUUGAAAUCUAAUGAAAACCAGAACUCUUUAUAGUGA